AUGAUGUUUUUUUUAACAAGUCUGUGUUUUUCUUAAACGAGUAUCCAAACAAACUAGGAUCCAUUUAAACAUCAACUACAAGGAAAAAAGUAAUAGGUUAGCCCAGCGCUGGGUUAGCCUACAUUUAAAAAAAGAAAAAACCGCGUUUUGGUUUUACCUUUUGACCGUAGCUACGGAAAGUGAAAAGGGACAAAUGUAUGUAGCCAGCUGAAGCAUAGCUUAGCGAACAAUAUUUCGCCGAACAUGGCAGCACAUCUGAAGAAGCGAGUUUAUGAGGAGUUUUCCCAUGUCGUACAGAUUCCCCAUGAAGAGGCGCCGGCGAAGAAGCUGCGUCUGUCCAAACCCAGUAAGUCUGCAGCGCUGCACAUCGACCUGUGUAAGGCCACCAACUCCACCGACGCCCUGCAGUCCCUGCUGCAGUUUGCACGCAAGCCUGUGGAGGUGGAGAGCGUGGAGGGUGUGGUCCGGAUCCUGUUGGAGCACUACUACAAGGAGGCGGACAACUCUGUGAGGCUGAAGAUCGCCUCUCUGCUGGGUCUGCUGUCCAAAACACAGGGCUUCAGCCCUGACUGCAUCGUGGACGAUGCCAUUAACACACUCAACAAUGAGAAGUCCCAUCAGGUCCUCGCCCAGCUGCUGGACACUCUGCUGCUCAUUGGAACACAGCUGCCUGAGAGUCCUGCAGUCAGACAGAGGCUCAUAGAGAUGGCUUGCAAGCACCUGUCUGAUACGUAUUUCGGGGUCAGGAACAAGUGUCUAAAGCUCCUUGGAUGUCUCGGCAUGAUGGACACUUCACUGACCAAAGACAGCGAGGGACAGGGCACAUCAUCAGGAGGAGCGAGGGACGUCCAGAGUAUCAUCAGUGAUUACUUUGGAGACCAGGACCCCAGAGUCCGCACGGCAGCCCUCAAAGCUAUGCUGCAGCUGCACGAGAGAGGAAUAAAGAUUCAUGAGAUCAUUUAUGACCAGGCUUGCAGGUUGCUGUCAGAUGAUUAUGAGCAGGUGCGCUCUGCAGCGGUGCAGAUAGUUUGGGUGCUCAGCCAGCUGUUCCCAGAAAGCAUUGUUCCUAUCCCUUCAUCCAAUGAGGAGAUCCGACUUGUUGAUGAUGCGUUUGGAAAGAUCAGUCACAUGGUCAGCGACGGCUCCUGGAUGGUCCGGGUGCAGGCCGCCAAAACACUGGGCUCGAUGCUGCAAGUUAGUCCUCACUUUCUGGAGCAGACUUUGGAUAAGAAGCUGAUGUCAGAUCUAAGGAGGAAGCGUACGGCCCAUGAACGAGCCAAAGAGCUCUUUACUUCUGGAGAGUUCUCCUCUGGCAGGAAGUGGGCCGACGACUCCCCCAAGGAGAGACUGGACACAAACACUGUGAACCUGAUCGCCUCGGGGGCCUGCGGGGCCUUCGUCCACGGCCUGGAAGACGAGAUGUUUGAGGUGCGUAUUGCGGCGGUGGAGGCGUUGAGUCAGCUGGCUCGCUCUUCUGCCAGCUUUGCAGAAAAGUGUCUGGACUUCCUGGUGGACAUGUUCAACGACGAGAUCGAGGAAGUGAGGCUGCAGUCCAUCCACGUGCUGAGAGAGAUCUCCACCCACAUCACCCUCAGAGAGGACCAGCUGGACACUGUACUAGCUGUGUUGGAGGACUCGUCUCGUGACAUCAGAGAGGCUCUGCAUGAAUUAAUCUGUUACACCAACGUCUCCACCAAAGAGUGUGUUCAGCUGGCUCUGCUGGAGCUGCUCAAGAACCUCAACAAGUAUCCCACUGACCGCAACUCUGUCUGGAAGUGUCUGAAGUUCCUGGGUUCCCGUCACCCAACGCUGGUCUUGCCGCUGGUCCCUGAACUGCUCAGCACACAUCCGUACUUUGACACCCCCGAGCCGGACAUGGAUGACCCGGCCUACAUCGCUGUGCUGGUGUUGGUUUUCAACGCGGCCAAGUCGUGUCCCACCAUGCCCGCGCUGUUCUCCGACCACACCUUCAGACACUACGCCUACCUGAGGGACAGUUUGUCUCACCUCGUACCCCCCCUGCGGUUGCCAGGCAACGGCCUGGACUUGGUGGACUCGCGCUGUGGUUCAGGUUCUGUGGAGUCAGCUCAGCUCUUCCUUCAACAGAGUCUGAACAGGGUCAGCACCAUCCAGAACCUGGAAGCCCCCGGAGCCCAGGACCUGCUCAACUUUACCAUAAGAGACCUGCAGCGGCUGGGGGAGCUGCAGACGGAGCUCGUUGGAGCGGCCGACUUCUGCGCCACAUACCUACGCUGCCAGCUGCUGCUCAUGAAGGCUCUGCAGGAGAAGCUGUGGAACAUGGCUGUCCCUCUCUGCCUCAAACAGAACGUCACAGCCACCGCUGCAGCUCAACAG